CGAGGGAGAGGAAAGGGUUAAUUUUUUCCGCCGCCGACAUUUUUGUUAGGCGCCCUGCCGCAACUUUUUAACUUGCAAGUGCAAGCAGCCGGGGUUAUGGUUCUACACUGUAAAUCAGGGUUAAAUAGAAACGUGCACAAUGUUUGCGCUCAGUGGCAGUACGGCUAGCAUAUCGGGUCUCCAGGGGCUCUUUGUUGCAGAUAGCAGCCUCAGCUCAUUGCCGCAUGCAAGGAUCGGCUAGCCACAGCUAGCAGAAAAUCUAAGCUGCAUUUUCAGCUAAACAAACGUUGGGAGUGGAGUUAGUUGUCUCUGCAGAUUGAUUUGUCUUAAAGUCUGGCUGUCGUGUGUCUUACAUUACAGUAACCAGACGUUUUACACUGGACAUUACUGAUAUUGUCAGCCAGUUCCUCAGGGGUUGAAUGAAAAUGGAAUCAUUUUAUGCAUUGUGGUUCCCUUCAGCAACUCCAAUUGGCACAAUAAACUGCGAAUAUGCUAGAUGGCACAGUUAUAAUCACGGUAUAUACACGUUUAUUGCUUUUAGUUCUUUUGAUAGGAUACGAACUAAAUAUUCAGUUCUCAUUGAUGUGGUGAUGCUUGGCUUUGAUACUUGCUUAACAAUUUUGAAAUUAAAAAAGUUUUUAUAGAUUGACUCCAUCUGACAAAACAGGUAAAAAAUGCAGGUUAAUGUAUUGAAAUAAAAACCUCUCAACGUUAAAUUAGAGCAGGGGAAUGGAGAGCAGGUAGUGGAAACCACAUGAAUCCUGAGUGGUGAGGAUCCGGAGCUCCAUCAGAAAUGUCUGUGAGGGAGUCUUUUAACCCCGAAAGCUAUGAGCUGGACAAGAACUUCAGGCUCACACGCUUCGCUGAGCUGAAGGGGACAGGCUGCAAGGUCCCUCAAGAGGUUUUACAGAAGUUGCUCGAGGCCUUACAGGAGAACCACUAUCAAGAAGAUGAACAGUUCUUGGGGGCAGUUAUGCCUCGAUUAGGAAUAGGCAUGGACACAUGUGUGAUCCCUCUCAGACAUGGUGGACUUUCUCUUGUUCAGACAACAGAUUACAUCUAUCCUAUUGUUGACGACCCCUACAUGAUGGGAAGAAUUGCUUGUGCCAAUGUUCUAAGUGACCUGUACGCCAUGGGAGUGACGGAGUGUGACAACAUGUUGAUGCUUCUGGGAGUCAGCAACAAGAUGUCAGAAAAAGAAAGAGACAAAGUCAUGCCACUGAUCAUCCAGGGAUUCAAGGACGCUUCAGAGGAGGCCGGCACGUCUGUCACAGGGGGACAAACGGUGGUCAACCCCUGGGUGGUAAUGGGAGGAGUCGCUACGACAGUGUGUCAGCCCAAUGAGUUCAUCAUGCCUGAUAACGCAGUGCCUGGGGACGUGUUGGUGUUGACCAAACCAUUAGGGACUCAAGUGGCUGUCGCAGUGCACCAGUGGCUAGACAUUCCUGAGAAGUGGAACAAAAUCAAGCUGGUGGUAACCCAGGAAGACGUAGAGUUGGCCUACCACGAAGCUAUGCUGAACAUGGCCCGGCUCAACCGUACAGCUGCUGGCCUCAUGCACACCUUCAACGCACACGCAGCCACCGACAUCACAGGGUUCGGCAUCCUCGGCCACGCUCAGACGCUGGCACGGCAGCAGCGGAGCGAGGUGUCCUUCGUCAUCCACAACCUCCCAGUGCUCGCCAAGAUGGCCGCCGUGUCCAAAGCCUGCGGGAACAUGUUUGGACUCAUGCACGGCACCUGCCCUGAAACAUCAGGAGGCCUGCUCAUCUGUUUGCCCCGGGAGCAGGCGGCCCGCUUCUGCGCCGAGAUCAAAUCUCCAAAAUACGGAGAGGGUCACCAAGCCUGGAUCAUCGGGAUCGUAGAGAAAGGAAACCGCACCGCCCGCAUCAUCGACAAGCCACGAAUCAUCGAGGUGGCACCGCAAGCAGCCACGCAGAAUGUCAACCCAACACCCGGCGCGACCUCUUAAUCCUCGACUUGUUGCCUCAUCGACCGGAACCCCCGAAACCUCUGUUGAGAGUUUUUUUAGACAUAUAAACUACAAAACCAUCGUAGAGUGUUGACAAAUUUACACAAGAUAGUAAAAUAAAAACACACAACAAAGACUGGGUUGGCGUGCAUCAACGUGGAAACAGCCCCACACAGCGGCCUCUCAAGGGUAUGGCGCCACCCAGUGGACUCAAGCUGCAGCUUCCCCUUGAAAAGAAAUUGGCAAGAACUAGGACAUACUCAUAAUCCCUUUGCUCUGUUUGGCUGUAUUGUUUAACGUGCUUGAUUGGCUGGCAGCUUCUGACGGGAGAGUGGUAAUGAAGACAAUAAUCUGUUGAUUCAUUUUGAAUCUUUGAAAGUCUGGAGUCCGUUGCCUCUUUUUGUCUCUUAAAGCUGCUCUCAUCAAACAAGCACACUGCGUUUUGGUGUUUUUGUUUCGCUUUGUACAGUUUAAAGGCCUAGUUUUAGUUCAUUGAUCUUCCUGAUGCCUCAAAACACACAACCUGGUCAGAAUGACUUUUUUUUUUCUUUAUUACUUUUGUAUCGUCCCCACAUAUGCUAAUAAAUACUCAAAUAGAAGAUGGUUGAUUUCUGCUACUUGGGAGCUGCACCCAUGCGAUUGAAACAAAUCAAUCUGUUUUAGUUUUAGCUGCACCGUUGUGCUUUCUUCAUAUGUUAAAGAUUAUUUUUUUAAGACGUUAAGAAGAAAUUCUUCAUUCCAAAUGUAGCAUCAUAAUUACAGGAAUAUGAUGUAGUUUUCCAUUGUAAACUUAAAGAAAAUAUCUCCCAAAAAACUGAGUGUGUUGGGUCAUCCACCUCAUGAACUCGAACGGUUUAUUUUUGGCGUCUGCAUGGUACGUUGACGACGCCAGGUGAUGUGAUAAAAUCAAUGAAGCCUCCCGCCGGUUGAAGUUUUUCUUUCUUCUAUAGAUGAAAAUAAUCUGGAUGACAUCGAAAAAUGUUAGAAACAAGAUGUAAUCUCUACCCCACCCCUUACAAUAAAUGUUUUAUAAAACGUU